AUGGCCGCCGCGGGCAUGGUCGAUCCCACAAAGGUCGGCAGGUAUCCCGUCAUACUUAGCGAUGCGCUAUUGGGCAAGAAGUCGAGCGAGGUCUACACGGGCGUCAGAUAUAAUCACAAGCCGGAUACACCGCCCGAGCAUGCGAGAUUAAAGCCGAGUGCAUCGUCCAGGGCAUUCGACCUCACAUAUCAGGAACAAGGUGGCAACGGCGCUUACAAGUACCGGGGCAGCCGGACAAGCGACAACGGCAAAUAUGUCCUCAUUUUCGACCCGCGGAGAGAGGCCUUCGUGCUGCACAAGGUCGACUCGACGUUCAAUAUGAACCUCACCCAGACGCCAGACAACAAGGAUGCCGAGAGCUUGAAACGAGAAUACCCGCACCUCAAGAACAGCGGCACCGAGUCCUCCACUGGCAAACCCAAGAGCAACGCCAAGUCGCAAGGUGCCAAAGAGUCCAAGACAUCGAGGAAGAAGAAGGAGGAGUCCCCACCGGCGCCGGUAUCGAAGAAGCGCACUCCGGCAUCGGACGUGGAGGAGAGCAGCGACGACGAUGGGGGUCUGGACAUCGAGUUCCCCGGCGGCGAUCCGUCGGGCGCAAAUCGGGACUUCUCUCCUGCCUUCCCACCGAGGCGCUUCUCCGAGUUCGUGGCGCAGGCGGAUGGGGAGGAUGACGACGCCGAUGGCGAGGACGACGACGAUGACAUGAGCGAGGAGCACUUCAAGCUGCCGUCGCCCUUGAACUACCAGGCCACAACAACCAAGGCGCCAGAACCAAUAAAUGACAUACAGAACCAAACCAUCUCCCUGACGUUCGACGAUGACUCGGAAUCAGAGGAGGAUGAGGAGCCGCAGCCACCACCCCAGCCGCAACAAGAAGCCGAACCAGCAGAAGAGCUGGAACAAGACGACAUGGACGUAGAUGAGCUUGAGGCAGAACUGGCAGCUGAAUUCGGAGCGCAAUCCGAGAGCGACGUCAGUGAGGAGGACUAG